AUGUCCAACAUCCAGGAACCACAAUAUUCUCAUCUGUCUAAGGAGGCGCCCGCCAGUCAGACUCCGUUUGUACUAGCUCUAGAUGAAGUUGUUCCGACUGUUUCCGUCUCUCGACCUGUGCUGAAUGGCGAUUGGUCCAUCGACCCUCGCAAUCCCAAGACUUGGAGUCUGAGAUGCCGGAUCUAUCACACGGCUAUACCGGCAAUCUACUGUUUUGUGGCAACGUUCAACACUUCGGUCUACGCGCCGGGCAUUUACCAGCUAGCCGACCAGUUUCAAACGAGCGAAACCCUUGCGAUUCUAGGACUCUCUAUCUAUCUUUUUGGUCUCGCAUUCGGUCCUAUGAUUGGUGGCCCCAUAUCUGAAAAUUAUGGUCGUAAGCCUGUCUAUUUAUACACGCUGCCAGUCUUCAUUCUCGCAACAAUGGGAGCUGGUCUUUCCAGAAAUGUUGCUGCAUUUGUCGUUUGCCGAUUCCUUGCCGGCCUAGCGGGCGCGUCCUGUCUUGCCGUCUCAGCGGGCACGGUAGCUGACGUAUGGGACAUGGCGCUCGGGGGUGGCCUAGCAGCUGUAUUGGUGGUACAAAUGGGAUUUUCCGGAGCAUCCAUCGCUCCUCUUGUGGGCGGGUAUAUCAUCCAAACUCGCAAUGACUGGCGCUGGACCAUGUGGGCUGUCCUGAUCAUGACGGCCCCUCUACUCGCGGCCGUGGUGUGCUCCAAGGAGACAUCUAAGAAGCAGAUACUAAAACACGAGACAAAACCAGAGGGGUUACCAGAUAGGCAGCGACUCCAAUUACGGCUCAUUCUUCUCCGCCCUAUGAUGAUGCUUUUUAUGGAGCCAAUUGCGUCAAUUACAGUCUAUAAUGCUUUUGUGUAUGGUAUCUUUUUUGCCUUUUUCCACGGUUAUACAUAUGUCUUCGGAAGGGUGUAUAACUUCACAAGCGCGGAGGUUGGAUUGACAUUCAUUGGAAUAUUUAUUGGUGUGACUUUGGCAGUCCCGACUUUUAUCGUGGUGAACAAGACUCUAUACGCCAAGGCAAAAGCCAAGGCACCAGAUGGAAGGCCGCCGCCAGAAGAGAGGCUUUACAGUUCAAUACUAGGUUCCAUAGGGAUUUCAGUCUCCCUAUUCUGGUUUGCAUGGACGGCACGGGCUGACGUUCACUGGAUCGUUCCUACGGCAGCAGGGGCAUUGUUUGGCUGGGGUAUUGUUUCCUUAUUUCUCGGCAUGGUGAUCUACUUGAUCGAGACUUAUCAGGCCAACCACGGGGCUUCGGCCAACGCUGCUCUCACGUUCCUUCGUUUCUCUGUUGGCGCCAGCUUCCCCCUCUUUGUGAUACAGAUGUACGACAGGCUCGGGAUUUCGUGGGCCAUUAGCCUCAUCGGAUUUAUUAGUGUGGUAUUGUUACCUAUUCCUUGGGUUUUGUAUCGAUGGGGUCCCUUUUUGAGAAGCAAAAGCACCUUUGGGCCUUCAAAAAUAUAA